AUGCAGAAACGGUAUGGUGGUGGCUUGAGGGGCUCUCAGAAAUUAAUUGAGGAACAAAACCAGGCUCAUGCGGCCAAGAUCAAUGAAGCCAAGACCAACGGGGAAACCAAGGUGAUGAACCAGGUCGCUGGGACAUCUCAUCCAUCUAGCCCCACUUAUCACUCUGCCAAGAAGUUCCGGAAAUGUGUCGAUUUAGGUGUUGUUGUAGGGGAUUCACCUUUUAAGGAAACGGGGGACAUGGUGGAUGAUGAUGAGGAAUUUCCUUUGGAUGACCUCUUAGAUGACGAGGAAGAAGAGAUUGGAGGGGAGAUAGAUGAUACUAUGGCUCUGGUCCCGAUAACUGAAACGGAAGCAGCCGCGGAGGUUAUGAUGGAAGAGGCACAAGACCAGAAGGUCGAGCAGGGUGGUGACAGGGCAAAACAGAGUGAACGAAAGGCUGGGGUCAAGAAGAAAGCCUUCAGGACAACGUUGGAGUGGGUGGAGGAGUGA